AUGGCGCCGCCGCCGCCGCUGGUCGCCGCGCUGUGCGUCGUCCUGCUGGGGCUGACGGCCGGCGCUGUGCGCAGCGCGCUGGCCGCCUGCUCGUCCCAUGAGCUGGUCGCCUACAAACUGGACGUCGAAACGCACUGGUCCAAACGCCGCUUUCCCAAGCAUUACCCGCUCUGGCGACCGCCGGCGCAGUUCUCCAAGUUCUUCGGUAUGAGCCACAACAGCAGCCGGGUGCUGUUCAGACCGGGUGAGCUGGCGUCGGAAGCUGUGCGCCAGUUUGCUGAGCACGGCAGCUCGGCCGGCCUGGAGGUCAUCGCUCAAGGUCACAGCGGCGUCCUUGACCAGUUCACUGCGCCACCUGUGAAGCAGGGCGAAGGCAGCGCGCAUGCGCGGAUUUUCGUGGAUGGAAUCCACUCCCAGGUGUCCUUGAUGUCGAAGAUCGUGCCCUCUCCAGACUGGUUUGUGGGAAUCGACAGCGUCGAUCUCUGCGACGGGGGUCGCUGGAUCGACUCCCUGGACGUGAAGCUGUUCCCGAUGGACGGCGGCACCGACCAGGGAAUGACGUUCACGUCGCCCAACUGGGCGUCGGAGCCGCACGAGCCCAUCUGCCAGAUCACGAGCCGCAAGCCGAGCCACCCGGCCGGCAGCUUCCACUACCCGACCACGCCGACGCUGCCGCCCAUCGCCAGUCUGCGCUUCGCCAGGAUGAGUUUGUACAAGCUCUCGGACUCGUUUGAAAGGCGGCCCGACACGGUGACCUACACAGUCGGCACCCUGGACCCGAGCCAUGCCUUCAUCUCGGCCUCGUCCCGAGGCUCUGGCGACCAGCCCGGGCUGCGAGUCCUCGUGACGUCAGACAGCGCCGUCAACCGCAGCAGCACAGCCAGAGCCGUAGCCUCUGCCUGGCGGCGGAGUUCCAACGUCACGUCUGCACAGCUGGCGCUGCAGUUGCCGAAGGACUCGGCAAAGACGGCGCCACCGUCGCAGCUCCGCCCGAACGGCAUUUCGCAGUGGCAGCGCACCCAGCAGGUCGGCCCGGCGCCGCGACCGCAGUCUGCCUGGCCGGCCAAGCUGAGCUCGACUGGCGCCGCCGCUGCGCCGCCGCCGCCGGCUCAGAACAGGGACGCGAGUGCGGCGAGGGAGGUGCUCCGGCCGAACGGCGAGGUGGCCCGAGCGGCGCUGGGACCGGACGGCAGCGUGACGCGCGUGGCACUGCGGCCUGACGGCAGCGUGGCACGCGUGGCGCUCCGUCCGGACGGGCCGCCAGUGAAGCUCGGAGGACUGCGCGUCUGGGCCGUGCAGAGCGGAGGCGUGGAGGGAGCCAAGGUGGCCGCCGGAGACAAGAAAGCCAUCAUCAGGAAAAUCGCCAAGCACUAUCACCGACGCAAAGGGCGACACCGACAACGGCGGCUGAGACGCCGCAGACGCAAACGUGGUCCCCGCAACUGCCAGGUGGGCGAGUGGUCGGCCUGGGGUGCGUGUUCGCGCGCCUGUGGUAUCGGCGAGACGACGCGGCGCCGGACAGUGACCCAUCACGCACUCCGCGGCGGCCGGCCCUGCCCCAGCCUGCAAGAGCGGCGCUGGUGCGGCUCCGAACGCAGCUGCACCCGCCGGCGCUACUUCCGCUGGUAGCCGGUAGGCCGCGCCACCGGCACGAACGCGGCACGCAGAUGGCGCUGCCUGCUGUGAUCAGAUGCGAUGCCACUGAGGCAGCCGUGCUUGCCGGAUAACAUUGCCCCUGCCACGGGUGCUCUGAGAGGUGGUGUCAGUGCAUCCCCCCAUUGCCAGUGACUGCUGUUAAUACUUGUGAGUGACUCCUGGGCAUUGACUGUCAGUCGUUGCUUCUCGAACUUCAAGGCGCCGCCUGUUGUUCGGUGCAUAGCAACAUAAGCCAGUGAAUCUCUCUAGAGGCCAUGCUACUGAAGUUGUGUGCAGCGAGCGUCGUCUUAGGAGUAUGAAAGAGACAUAUUGAUUGUACUGCUGUCGCCGCUGGUGUCUUACACAUUGACUUAUUUACACCUUUUUAACACAUUUAUACCGGCGGAUUUGAUCGGAUUACAAGGGCUCUCGGACUGAUCAGUCCGCUUCUGAUUAUGGUUUGGUCGUGGGUGUGAAGCAAUUCGCGAUGUUCUCACUUGCGCUGUCAAUGUCCAGUGAGCUACAUGCACGCUGCACACGCCGGUGCUAUAUUCGGUGAAAGCUUGUUUAGUGUAACAAGGGCUGCUUUGCGAGCAGCGAUGCUAAGGUUGCAAUCAUUGAUACUAUGGAAAUCCUUUUUGUGUAUGUUAUAUUGGCGCAGUUAGCAUUGCAAGCAGCAAAGCUAGUGUGGUAAAGUAUGAUUUUUGAAAGAGCAGUUUUGUAUUUGCUAUGUAGCGCGGCGUCGCAUUCUCCUGUCACAGUGCUGACACGCGUAUGCCUGUGUUUGGGCGGGCUGUGCAUCACGCACGCGCUGAAACAAUGGAGCGUGUGGGCUGCUGCCGUCAGUUACCCAUUGAUAAAGAACCCCUUGAAGCAUGCAAACAGCCGGGGCAAAUACGCCGGGAUGGAACUAAAGCUGACAUUGGCAACGAACGUUCCCAAGCCUGCUAUCCAGGACGCACGCGCCCACUUCGACGGCUUUCACAACACCGGUGUAAAUCCAAUAAUUUUGAGACCCGCUCUCAACAGAGAAGCAUCGAUCGGUCCUGAUCAGUUUAAGAUGCCUGAUAACGGCGCGUGCGUGGUUCUCUGGGGGUUCGCCUGCUCGCGGAAAGCAGCCUGAAGCAGCGCAUCUCAGAGGAGGCUGGCCUUGCCAGCGCUCAGAGCCCAGCGCUGGUCCAUGAUAACUGCAGUGUAGUGCCGAGUAUAGUGCCGAGUUGUAGUGCUGUCGUGCUUCGUUGUGCCAAGUUUAGACGCUCGGCAAUGCAGGCGAGGGUGUUCAUAGACAUGAGUACCCUAAGCGGAUAAAUGUGUGCCCGCACAAAAUGCACAACCGUAUCCAUGCACAUGAACGAACCUGCUAGCAUUGAACAACGUAAAUGCUCUCGCUUUUGGUUCGCUUAAGAAGCUCCGCCUCAUAAACGCAGCGUACGCGCAGCGCUCAUCUCACUGUUGUUGCCGGCGAGACUGUGACCUGAGUGCGUGGUCUGCUGCGCGCGCUGCCCGCUGCCCUGACAGGCUGUCACUGACUCCGGCCAGGAGAGAGCGCAGCUGGGGCUACGCUGCUGUGAGCUCGGCGUCGGAGCCUCCGUGGCGCUACGCUUGUGCGCCGCAUACCGGUGCUGGAGUAAGUACUGGUGGCGUGGAAGUGUAUAUGGUUAAACUGACAAUAUACGUCUGU